AUGAAUAGAAAAAUUCAUUCGUCCAUCCUCCUAAUUCUUCGUCGACUCAAAACAUUCUCAUUCUUUAUUUUUCUAAAAGCUGCUCUCACUUUGAGAGUAGAGAUUGAGGAUUCAGAUGCAAAUUUGACUGUCAUGGAAAUAUAUAUUUCACCUUUUCCUACUAACAUAUCAAUCCUUUUCUUAUCUCCCAUGAUGAGUCAUUCUUCAUCUACUGCUACCUCAGUCAGUGGUUUCUACAACUUCCUCACAAAAGAAGUUGAUAAUCUUGACACUUUGUUCCUUUCUGAGAAUUUCAUGUCAAUCAAUUUUCUUCAACAUGUUCUAUCAACCCUUCGAUCUUUCCAUUCCCAGUUAACGGUUUUGGUUCAAAGGUUACAAUUGCCUGUUGGAGAAAAAUGGCUUGAUGAAUACAUGGACGAAAGCUCAAGGCUCUGGGAAGCCUGUCAUGAGCUAAAAUCCAGGGUAUCGUCAAUGGAGAAUUUCUACUCAGCUGGUAUUAAUGUAGCUUCUUUGAUUGAUCAGCAUCAGGUUUUCAAUGCUCAACUUUCCAGUCAGGUAAUUCGGGCGAUCUAUGGUAGCCAAAGAGAAAUAUUGGCACUGGAAGAGGAAAACAAGACCUUACUAGAAACAAGAAUGCAAACUCUAUCUCUGAGAUUCGAGCAGAAUGUCUCAAUAGAAUCAAAGUUCAACAAGAUUAAUGGUUUUGGAGGUGUUCUUUAUGCAAUGAGGAACCUAAACUCAGUUCUUCUGGUGAUCUUACUCGGCGGCCUCGUAUACUAUUGGCCGGAAACAAGUUUUUGCCAAUGGGACAACGAAGGAAAUAUCCUAUUCGGUUCAGGCUUCAUGGUUUCGACUGCAACGUUGCUUCAAAGAGUGGCGUCUGCGGCCAUAAAUCAUACAGGAGGACAGCCGGGAGUUCUUGUGUACGAGUUUCGAAGAGCAAGAUUUGCAAUGGAGGAGCUGAAAGUGGAAAUGGAGAGAGUUGUUGAGUACGAGGAAUUGGAAUUUGAUAAUAUGCACGAAAAGGUUGAAAACUUGAAGAGUUGCUUUACAGUGCUGAAAUGUGGGACUGAGAGCAUAAUAGGGCAACUUGAUGACUUGUUUGAUGAAAUAGUUGAAGGGAGGAAGACGCUUCUUGACAUGUGUUCUCAUCGAUAGAUAGAGGGGUGAUUUAUUUCUUCUGUUUUUCUAUGCUGCCAUUAUCUGUUUUUGAAAGCAUUGGAACGAUGACGAAGUAAGCUUAUCGGCUACAUGAAUUCUUUUCUACCACUUACUUCGACUGAAAGAUCUAAAAUAACUAGAUUCUUACGCAUCACCACAUUUGUUUAAGUCUA